UUUUGACAUCGCUGGUCAAACUGCGAGGCCACGUCCCUCGCUGUUCAUGUUUGGGCACCAGCAGAGCCUGGGCCAGGCUGGUCCAAGCCUUGACUCCUGCCGAGCGUGCCGGCGAGGGGGAGCAGCUCCUGGUCCUCAGCUCUCUCCAGCCCCACGCAGAGCACAGAAUGGCCAUGGAGACACAGUGGGGCUGCCCCAUGUGCCAGGACAUCAAAAUGGUGGCUGCCUCUCUUCCCUGUCACCACAAGUUCUGCAGGGUUUGCAUCCCGUGGUGGACAAGGAGAAAUCCAGCGUACCCACUCUGCAGCAGGACAGUAAAGACUGUCAGGUUUCCUGGCCAUGAAGAACAUGAAGACAUCACAGCCCCCGAGGAGUUACUGGAGAGCAGGAGUUGAGCAGGGAGAGCUCCCUCCCACCUGCCCGGAAACAGCCCCCAUCGCCCUGUGGUGCCCACUCCACCUCCCCCACCCGGAACACUGUCCCCAGCUGGGCAGGGGACUGCAGGGCCACAGCCCACGGACGGCAUCCUGCCCGAGGUGUGGGCAGGACUGUUCCGUCGACAGCAGCAUCUCCUGGACCGCGUGUGGCCCUGCCUGCGCCAGAGGCUGGAGGGAAUAUACUGGGACCAGUGGUGGCUGGUGGAGGAUGUACAGAGCAUCAUCCUGUACAGCCUCUGCCUCUACGGACCGAAUGUAGAGGUCUUGGUGGAGAUCAUGGAGCCUCUGCUCAACGAGCACGCGGCACCACUGAUCCACAGCAUCAGCAAUGUCAUCGUGGGCCGGUGCAGUGAGGAUGCAGAGAGACUGCUGGGUUCUGCUGCUGCCAGGGAUGUGAACAAUGGUCCUGUGGCCAGUUCUAGAUUCAGAUCCAGCAGCUCCAGCUCCAGCAGCUCUAGGUCCAGCAGCUGGCCUGCAGGCUCCAAAGUGGAGGAGGAAGCCGGUACAUCAGCAUCCGCCUCUCCUGGCAGUCCCAGGAAAUGAGAGGAUCUGUGUGUUGGAACAAUAAAACAUAAUGGA